AUGUUUCCUCAUGACGCCGCCGGUCUUUCUCCACGAUAUUUCUUUGCAAUAGACAAUGGAGGAGAAAUUCCCCCACUUUCCUACGCGUACCAAGGCGCGCCAGAAGCUAUCUUCGGCAAGGAGGUUGUGAAAUUCCUAUGCCGUCUCUGUCACAUCGGCCCACACCCAGUACCCCUGCCCCGCAUUCUCAAGGCUCGCUUGCGAACGGACCGAAACACUUUCACCGCCCGCGCUUCGCUCUUCACGGGUCUUAUCGAGGGAGGGAUGCACAGAGGUAAGGAGGCCCUCACUCAGGUCGGCCGCAGUUUACCUCGAGCCGGGCAAACUCCGUUGGGAGAUAACGUGGGUAACAGAAGACGAGGUGCAGACGCCUCCUACACGGAGGCUAUUCAAUGUCUAGGAUGGGAGAACGACGGAGUGCCUUUAAGCUACCGCGCUUUGCAUAUCUCUGUUCAUGAGAAGCCUGACGGGCUUCUGCAUGAAACCUUAUAA